UUAGAAGUCAUCAUUAAAUAGACGGAGAUGGGGAGUUGCCCGCAGUCACGGCCACAACCAUGCUACUCAAGCUUCUGGUCCUUCUUCUUCCCUUGCUCCCCCAAUCUGCGACCGCCGAUGACUCCCAUUUCGCCUUCAACGGCUUCAAGUCGGACAACCUGCGCCUCGACGGCAUAGCCUCGUUUACUCCCGACGGCCUCUUGGUCCUCACCAACGGCACCACAGAGAAAACAAGCCACGCCUUCUACCCGAGGCCCGUCCGCUUCAAGAACUCGCCCGCCGGCUCGGCUCUCUCCUUCUCCACCACCUUCGUCUUCGGCAUCAUUCCCCGUGACCCCACUAUCGGCGGCCAAGGAGUAUUUGUCUUCGUUGUCGCUCCACAACCCGGGCUUUCCGGCGGCCUUCCCAACCAGCACCUUGGCCAAUUCAAUGAGCACAACGAUGGCGAGGAGACCAAUCGUGUUGUGGCGGUGGAGUUCGGCACGAUGCACAACAGCGAUCUCAAUGAAAACCAUGUCGGAAUUGACAUCAAUGGAUCGAAUUCAGUCGAAGCCCCGACAGCGGACUAUUACGUUGAAAAAACCCACCGGUUUCAGAACCUGAGCCUGAUCAGCGGCAAAGAAAUGCAAGUCUGGGUGGAGUACCAUGGCUCGGAGAAGACAAUGGACGUCACAAUAGCUCCGAUCGAUGUUGGAAAGCCGUCAAAGCCUCUUCUGUCUUUGUCUCGAGACCUUUCUCCGAUCAUAAAUCAAACCAUGUACGUCGGCUUCUCCUCUUCCACAUGCUCAGUCGUCACAUCCUACUAUAUUCUCGGCUGGAGUUUAAAGAUCAACGGCGAGGCUCAACCGCUUGAUCUUCGUGAGCUUCCGAAGCUUCCACGAAUGGCACCCAAGAAGACAUCCAAGUUUUUGACAGUUGGGUUGCCUCUGAUUUCCUUGGCUCCGGUGUUCGCCGCUAUUUCCGGCGUGGUUUUCCUUCUGGAAAGGAGGAGAAAGUUCGCCGAAGUGGUGGAAGAAUGGGAACGUGAGUAUGGCACUCAUAGAUUCAAGUUCAAAGACCUACACAUCGCCACUAAAGGAUUCAGAGAGAAAGAGCUUCUCGGCAGUGGCGGAUUUGGCAGGGUUUAUGGAGGAGUAUUACCAACUUCAAAGCUUGAGAUUGCAGUGAAGAGAGUCUCCCAUGAAUCCCGGCAAGGAAUGAAGGAAUUUGUGGCCGAAAUCGUAAGCCUCGGCCGGCUCCGGCACCGGAACUUGGUCCCGCUCCUAGGUUACUGCCGGCGUAAAGGCGAGCUCCUUCUGGUCUAUGAUUACAUGCCCAAUGGAAGCCUUGACAAGUUUCUCUAUGACCAACCAAAAUUCACCCUCAAUUGGCAGCAAAGAUUUAAAGUCAUCAAGGGUGUGGCGUCUGGGCUGUUUUAUCUACACGAGGAAUGGGAGCAAGUGGUGAUCCACAGAGAUGUCAAGGCCAGUAAUGUUUUACUAGACGGCGAACUGAACGGAAGAUUGGGCGAUUUUGGGCUUGCAAGAUUACACGAUCAUGGAACUGGUCCUCAAACCACUCAUGUCGUCGGAACUAUCGGGUAUAUCGCGCCGGAGCACACCAGAACCGGCAAGGCCUCGACAAGCACAGACGUGUACGCUUUUGGGGCGUUCUUGCUAGAGGUGGCGAGCGGACGGCGCCCAAUAGAGGCUAGCAACAUGGGGGGAGGUACGGUGCUGGUUGAUUGGGUAUUCUGUUUGUGGAGCAAAGGCGAGAUUAUAAGGGCGAUGGAUGCCAAUUUGGGAGGCAAGUAUGUGGUUGAGCAAGCGGAGUUAGUACUGAAGUUGGGGUUGCUGUGCUCGCACGGUGAGCCGGCGAUGAGGCCGACGAUGCGACAGGUGGUGCAGUACUUAGAGGGAGAUGUUGGACUGCCGGAGCUGGCGUCGAUCGGCAUCACGGCGACUGAACUAACGUUCUCAAACCCAGAAGGAUUCAGUGACUUUGCUUUGCCGUAUCAGUCUUCCAUGGACAAAGGGUUUACAACCUCCUCGUCUGUUGCGGAAUCGUUUCUCUCUGGUGGUAGGUGAUGGUGAUGGCGCCAUUUCGACUUGAAGACUUGAAGUGAAAGCUUUUUGUCAGCUCUAUCUCUAUUGUUAAUGUCCUGUAACUUUUGUCUUGUAUUGCAAUCGUUAGUGUUUGACAUAUUUAAUAUAUUUGAUAUUACAAAAAUAAAAUAUAUACAUAUUUUUAAUAAGUCACACAAAAAUACACAUAAUAUGUAUAAAAUAUGACAUAUCACAAAAAAUAGUGAAGUUUUCAAAAUCUAC